UGCUGACGGCUGAGGUGAUCUGGUUACGGUGGUUACUUGAGGACUUUGGUGUGUCUGCUACUACCUCGACUCCCUUAUUGUCAGACAGUACUGGUGCUAUCAGUAUUGCGCGUGACCCGGUGAAGCAUGAGCUCACCAAGCACAUCGGUGUGGAUGCCCACUUUGUGCGUGCUGCUGUGCAGGAUCAGACUCUCACUCUUCACUAUGUGCCCUCUGAGUUACAGUUGGCGGACUUCUUCACGAAGGCACAGACUCAAGCGCAGCAUAGUUUUCUUCUCUCCAAACUCAGUGUUGUUGAUCCACCAUGAGUUUGAGGGGGGGUGUUAGAUGUGUAUAGUCUCUCUUGCACUUUACCAUACACAUGUAUAUGUACUGGCCCUUGGCCCUCCUGUGAAUGUAGUUGCCCAUUCCUAACAAAUUUGUCUGCCCAAUUCAACUUCAGACUGCUACUUACUACAAUAUAUUAGUGGUGUCACCGCUUACAAAUCACUCUCCUGCAAGAUUAGGAGAGACCCAUGUUCCACAUUUUAAAUGGAAGGUUCAUGACUUCUCAGCGCUACUUGAGACGAAAGCUACCACGGUGUUCUCUGCUGCUUUUGACUGCUCUGGGUACAAGUGCUAGCUACAACUUUGGUUUCAAGAAUACCUACUCGAAGCAAUAUUGCUUGAUUCCUCUUCAGGAGCUACUUACGUCAUCUGCUUUCCUAGUUGAUGAUAGCUGUGCUUUUGGUGUGGAGAUACUAAAAAUUGAUGUCUCUUCUCCUGAAAAGAAGGCUGUUGUGGUUCAUAAGAAGGCUACCACAGUUCAGAAUAUCUUUGUCCAGAAGAAGGGGUUCAUUAAAGGGACAUACACUUGGACCAUGGACAAUUUCCUUGAAUUGGACUUGAAGCACUUCGUCAGUUCUCCUACAUUUGAAGUUGGCGGACAUAAAUGGUACGUCGGCAUGUAUCCACGUGGUAACAAGUACAGCACUGAUUGCCUCAGCUUGUACUUAUACCUGGAUGCCUCGGAUGAGCUCCAUCUCGAGUCCAAGAAGGUGGUUCUAAUGACUCUCUCCAUCCUGGAUCAAAAGAAUGGGAAACACUUGACUGGAACUUCAGGUCUCUUGGUGUUUACGGGUACACACAGAUGGGGGUGGCCUGAUUUCCUUGGACUCGAGAAACUCAAGGACCCGUCGGGAGGCUAUGUUGUGGGAUCGAGCUGUGUUGUGAAGGCAGAUCUUACCAUCGUUGGUUCAUCCAAUGAUGGCUAGAUCUUUACCUCAUGGCCUGAAGAAGAGAUAAUGCGCCUUCAUCGUAGCAGUUAUAUACUAGCGAUGGUGUUGUGAACUUGUUUGAUGUUCUUAUGUUCACAAGGAGUCCAGUAAUGAUUUCUAGGUACAUUGUCUGUGAUAUUAUAUUAUUUGGAAGCACUUCAAUAGACGAGUUCCGUUUG